GGAUGAUUACCUUAAAUAGCAGCUGGGGGGAUGCAGUGUACGUGACCACCGUGGCAAUGCUGAAUUGCGAGGUCCGCGUGAGUCCCAGUGAUGGGCUCUCGUUGGCCAUUUCUCCAGACAGCAGCACAUUAUACGUCGCUUUGCCGACAGAGAUUCUUGAGCUGGGCAUUAACACAUCGGCUCUGCCUCCUUGUGGCGCACAUUCCGAGCAGCAGAUCGAGUCCACGAGGGCUCGGCCUUCCUCGUCACCCAACGCCGCACCCUCCACGAUCGCUCAGCCUUCAUCCUCGUCGGCCAAUGCCGCGCCUUCCGAUCCGCAGCCUGAUUCCACCAUAGCCCGGCGUUCUUCGUCGGCCAACGUGCGUGUGAUGGCAAGCGCCGGGGUGAUCUUGCUACUUGUAGUCUCAUGCGUGUUGUUUUCAAUUGCUGUUAUCCGACGGCGGAGAGGGCGAUUCACGGGCAGGCGGGAGGGGGCUCCGCCGGAAGCGUCUAUCACUGCUCCGUCGGAGGAUGUCAAGGGGUCGGGGGGAAAGCGGCGGCCAGAUGAGACCUCCCUGUGCAAUGAGGGGAGGUCAGGGGUCGGCGAGGCGACGACGCCGGAACAAUCACCUUUGAUCUUGCGACCGACUUCCAGCUUGAAGAGGUACUCCCUGGAGAAGAUCAGCAGAGCGUGCAAAGAUUUCAGCCCCGAGCGUCUGGUGGGAAAGGGAGGUGCUGCGGAGGUGUACAAGGGAGUGCUCGGCGGCGGCCAGGUGGUGGCCGUCAAGAUGAUGAAGGGAGCGGAGUUCUUGAAAGCGACGAGGUUCCGUCAGUUCCAAGCCGAGCUGGACGUGCUCGGAUCACUUCGCCAUAGCCGGAUCUGUGGCAUUGUCGGAUACUGUGCGGAGGAGGGCCAGUCGUUUCUCGUCUACCCGCUCGUGGAGGGAGGUACGCUCCACGAGCGCCUGCGAUCGGCUGGGUGCGCCAGUGGGGAGCAAGCUGGCGUGUCCUCUGACGACAUUCCGAUGGCAGUAUGUGCGCCUGGCAGAAGCCACCGUUGGACUGGAAGACCCGGCUGUCCAUCGCUCGACAAAUCGCAAGCGCCUGGAGUACCUGCACCAGCACGUGGACCCCCCCAUCGUGCACCGGGAUGUCAAGAGCAAGAACGUGUUGCUGGAGGAUCACGGGGGGGGCGAUCAGACUUCAAUCAGGGCUUACCUCUCCGACUUCGGGCUGGCAAAGGUCGGCCAGAGCGUUUUCGGCAAGCGGCGGGCGGGCGAGACAGUGGAGACGUACCACGUGGCCGGAACCUUUGGGUACAUGGCCCCGGAGUACUACAGCUCGUGCAGGCUGACGACUAAGAAUGACGUGUAUGCUUUCGGGGUCGUGCUGCUGGAGCUGAUCACGGGCCGGCAGGCGUUCAUGACGUCACCUUGUCACCACCAG